AUGGAUGGGACUGAACCGGAUUGUGGAGGCGAACACGAGCCUGUCCGAGACCCGUCUGAGUCGGCGGACACUGAGAUACGGACUGUAGAGUGGGUUACACAGUUGACGAGCCCAGACUCGACACGGGCAGACGUCGCUGACCUUUUGCCCCUUGACAGCCCGAGUCAAGCUGACUGCAGCGUCCUCUCUCCUCUCUCACCUCCUCGCUCUCGACUACAGGUCACGGCCCGAGUGCUGUUGCCAGGAUACGCGGGCGUGGGGACCUGGGGACCGGUCCCUGGGGGCUUCGGCUCAAUGGGCUGUGCUGACGGGGGCUUGAAUGCAGCGGGUGACAAGGGGUGGUGUCCUAUUUGUCCCUAA